AGUCCCCAAUACGAGCUCCAGACAACAUUUCCCAUUCUCGGCGCAUCGUUUCAACUUAUAUCAAUUGUGCUCUAACUACUCGAAUCGUCGGCUAGUUGUGAUAAUUUAGUAUGAUUUCCGAUACUGACAACUGCACGAGGUUAUUCUGCGACGUGUAUGCUAAUUUGCGCCAGCCACAGAAACUUGGCCGUCUGCAUUCGUCAUCACCUGCCAUAGCCUCCGCGUGAGCUCUGGACGCCAAACCUGCACAGCUUCGGAUCCAGGGAUUCUCGACACAAACUGCUCCCUUCAUACAACACGCGGCAAAAGAAAAAGCAGCAUGGCAGACUCAAACGAUAGCAAAGACCAGCACAACCGGCCCACAAGCAGUGACCACUACGCGUCGGCCAGUCGCUGGCGACACCAGGAAUCAUCGCGCUUUCACCGCCACGCCAAAGAGGGCCGCGAUGCUACAGCUAGUUCGUCUGGAGAUACUGCAGCUUUGGCUAGCUUUUUAAACAGCUCCCGCGUUGAAGGAAACGGCCAGGAUGGCGCUGGUCACAUCCCCAUCCAAAUCGACGGUCCUUCCGACAGCCCGGGCCACGACAUUGCCUGUGGUCCCUUGCUCAACUACAGAAGAACUGUAGAUAACCGCUGGCAUGGAAGUGUCCUUAUCGUGGUUGAGGGCGGAGGCCCAGAAAUCCAACAUCAGCCUACAAUGCAUCUGCGCAAGGCUGGCGAAGCUCCUACGGCGCGGACCGACGAGGCUGAAGGGGCUGGAGACGACACCACAGUUGUCACGACAGGUACCGUGUUACAGGGCGAGCGAUUAUACUCAGACAAGAGAAACACAUUCUGGGUUUUUAACAUUGAAGUCCCUAUCAAAGCGACAGAAACAGAAUAUGAAUACGACUUCCCGGACAUGCGCAUCUCGAGCAACGACAAGCCUCGAACAAAUUCAUUCUUCGUCCCAGCCGCCACCGAGUCCAUGCGCCUCAUGUUCCAUUCUUGCAACGGUUUCAGUGUAGGCACUGACGAAGAUGCAUACAGUGGUGCGCCUCUCUGGAACGAUGUGAUGCGAAAGCAUAAGAGAGCCCCAUUCCAUGUCAUGCUGGGCGGCGGCGAUCAGAUCUACAACGACGGAAUCCGAGUUAAUGGCCCGCUCCGCCCAUGGACCGAUAUUGGAAACCCCAAGAAGAGACGCGAGUUUCCCUUUUCAGAAAAGUUGCGAGCCGAGUGUGAUGAUUAUUAUCUCCAAAACUAUAUCCGGUGGUACAACACUGCGCCGUUUUGCUACGCCAACGGCCAGAUUCCGCAGGUGAACAUUUGGGAUGACCAUGAUAUUAUUGACGGAUUCGGUUCCUACGUCGACAGAUUUAUGAAGUGCGAUGUGUUCCGUGGCAUUGGCGGCACAGCACAUAAAUAUUACAUGCUCUUUCAGCACCACAUUGCGCCACCAAAGUCGACCUAUACCUCUGAUUUCAAAGGACCUGGAGAAGAUCCCUACCAGCUCGAAGGUGUUUUUGUCGCACAGCCAAAGAUUGGCGACCAGUACAUCCUUGGCGCAAAGCCUGGCCCAUACGUCGAAGAGAGUUCAUUCAAUAUCUACGCCCGCCUAGGUGCCCGUAUGGCCAUGAUAGGCAUUGACGCCAGAACUGAGAGAACACGCCAUCAAGUCAACUACCCCGAAACCUACGAUUUGAUCUUUGAGAGAGCUCGCCAAGAACUUGGAGCGGCUGCCGCCUCCGGACAGCCAAUCCAACAUCUGAUUCUGUUGCUUGGAAUUCCUAUUGCAUAUCCCCGUUUGACAUGGCUCGAAAAUAUCCUCCGUAGCCCGCUUAUUGGUCCGAUUAAGUUUUUGAACAGGCGAUUCGGUCUGGGUGGCGGCUUUUUCAAUCACUUUGACGGAAGCGUAGAUCUCCUCGAUGACCUUGACGACCACUACACGGCGAAGACGCACAAAGUCGAGCGACGCCAAAUCAUUGAGCAGCUGCAGGCACUCGCGGCCGAAUUUUCCGUCCGCGUUACCAUUCUUGGCGGUGAUGUGCAUUUGGCAGCGCUGGGCCGAUUCUAUGCCAAUCCCGACAUGAAGAAGCCAGUGGAAGAAGACAACACAUAUAUGGCCAACAUCAUCUCGUCUGCCAUUGUCAAUAAGCCACCGCCACAGGCUGUGGCCAAUCUAUUGGCCCGUCGCAACAAGAUCCAUCACCUCAACGAUAAGACUGAUGAGACCCUUCUGGACCUGUUCAACAGAGACCCUGGCGAGGAUGGCAAGACGGCAGCCUUCAACCACUGCACGAUGCCCAGCCGAAACUUUGCCAUGUUGACAGAAAACUCCCCCAACAACGCACCAUUGGCAGAAAUCGCCAGCGAAGCGACCACUGCCCAGCCCACGUCGUUUAUUGGCAGAGACGGCCACAAGGAGCUGCACAAGGGUGAAAUUGGUGCCGGUACGGAGCACCGUUCCGCCUCGGACGCGCACGGCAAGGCCAAUGACGGCAGCUUGGACAUUCGCAUCAAUGUUGAGAUUGACCAGCACGAUGCCGAAGGCAAGACACAGGCGUAUGGACUCAGCGUACCGCAGUUACGAGCGGCGGCUGUGGCUGCGGCUGCCACUACUCAGGCAUAGUGUUUUGUUGCAUUGUCAUCAUCGUUCUUGUUGUUUCUUCGUGUCUCGAAUUCGCAGCGAAAUUUCAGACUACGGCUCCUGUCAUGGUCCCUAUCGUCACCUUGAACUCGUCAAUUUUGUGAUACCUUCUUGCUGCUGUUAUUUUUAGUGUGGUUUGAUGAUGAUUGAUUGUAUGUAGUGGUUAAAAUAUACGCUUAGUUUCCUCUUGAAGAAUCUGCACAACCACCGUAGCACGUCAAAACCAAUCUGUCAUUCUUCUCAAGACAGCCUCAAUUGCUUCCCCUCGUCAUUACUCGGACCCAGCAGCACCAUCAAACGAUUCAUCCCGUCGCAGGCCGCCCAGCUUGGAGGGCGGCAAGCAGCGGGCAUGUCGCAAUUAUGGGGGAUCCUCGAUGGAUGACCACAAUAGUUGGGGCCAGCUUCAAAUAGCCUUCUAAGCUCCUCCCUAAUUGGGCGACUAUGAGUAGUAGUGUCGGGGAACUUGAGCGUAAGUGAAAAAAAUUACGGGCGCCGGCAUGACCCCCGAAGGAAGCUAAGCAACGU